AUGCCUCGUGGAAGCCGAAGCCGCACUUCCCGCGUAGCCCCUCCAGCCAGCUGGGUGCCUCAGAUAAGAACUGUGCCCAGGCCAGAGCCUGAAGCUCAGCCACCAGCAGAGGCUCCACCAUCUGCUGUUGGCUCCCCUGCUGCUGCUCCCCGGCAGCCAGGUCUGAUGGCCCAGAUGGCAACCACUGCAGCCGGCAUGGCUGCGGGUUCUGCCGUUGGCCAAACUCUGGGUCAUGCCAUCACUGGUGGCUUCAGUGGAGGAAGUAAGGCUGAGCCCUCUAGGCCUGACAUCACUUACCAGGAGCCUCAGGGAACUCAGCUGGCACAGCAGCAGCAGAAUGGCCCAUGCUUUUUUGAGGUGAAACAGUUUUUGGAGUGUGCCCAGAACCAGGAUUGCUCCAGAAGAAGCAGCCAGCGUCUCCUCCGAGUCUCACGCUUGUAG